CCAACGGCGGUGGCUCGUCCCCCCUCCCCCCGACCCACCCGCUACAGACCCAAUUCUGUUUAUUUUUUCGAUUCAAAAUUGCAACUUCAGAGCUCGAACUCAAAAUUUCCCCCUUUUCGUAAUUACAAUUAACAGGGCCCAGAUUCCUAUAUCCUCCGAUCGAUUCCGUCGUUCCGAUUCCGUGCGCGCGAAUUCGCUCGUGGCGGUGGGCGGUGGGCAGUGGUCACCCCUAUCUGAUUUGUAUUGAAUUCUUCUUACCCCAGCUUCGAUCGCGGCCAUCGAGCUCAACCGAAUCUCCGUUACGCUCUCGUCUCUCCGGCCGUACCAGCCUACUAUCCGGAGCUUCUCGUGGAUUCGGCCUGGUUGCGUGCUUUAAUGCCUUCACUAAAAAGUGUUAGUGUUGCCGGAGUCGAAGUGCAGUAACGUAAGUCAAUUGCUUCCUUGAACGGCGAGUGGCACAGGGUUCAUUAUUUGCAAAUUCAAGGAGCCGUAUGUACUCUUGAACAUUGGUUGAUGAUGAAGCAGUGAAGGUUAUUGGUUAUCUGAAGUGGGUUUAAUGGUGCUGUUAGUUUGGUCUCUAUCCUUUUGUUUUGGAUUACACUGUUCUGAUAUCAUUACUAGCUUUGCAAGGUGUUGGAUAUCCCAAGGGGAGAUGUGAAAAUCUAAGUGUUGAUGUACUUCAUAUUUAGAAGUAUACAGAGAAAAGAUGAAUGUACAGGCUCGUAUUUCGGGAAUGAUCUCGGGGCAGAUACCCAGUCAAGGUGGUUCUCAGUUGUCUGGCAUAUCACAGCAAAACGGAAAUUCUCUAUCUUCUCCAAUACAAAAUCUAGCUGGUUUUCAUGGUACUUGCAAUGUGGAUCCUGAUCUUGAGAGGGAACGGAAACUUGUGCAAGAUAGAAUUUGUCAAAUUCUCCUGCAGCGGCCAACAAAUCAUGAAAUGCAGACAAGGAUGCCGGGUAUUGCAAAGCGCUUGGAAGAGCUUCUAUUGAAAAAUGCUACCUCAAAGGAGGAAUAUAUGAACAUGGAUACAUUAGAACACCGCUUGCAAACUGUGAUUAAACGUACACCUACUGGUAACCAUGAUCAACAGUUAAAGCACACUUCUUCCUCCUCCUCUGUUGGUACAAUGAUACCAACCCCUGGUAUGCCGCAAAGUGGAAGUUCAAACUUGAUGGUUGCAUCUUCUGUGGACAAUUCCUUGAUUUCUGUCAGUGCUUGUAGUAGCAUCACAACCAAUACUGUCAACACAGGGAGCAUGCUUCCAAUAGCCAAUGGAUCAGCUGUUGGCAUACAUGGCGGUUCCUUCAAUGCAUCUGAUGGAUCCCUACUCAAUGGAUAUCAGCAUUCACCUGCAAGUGUCUCCAUUGGAUCUGGUGGAAAUAAUAUGAUGUCAUCAAUGGGUGUGCAAAGAAUUCAAAGUCAAAUGAUUCCUACACCUGGAUUAAUUAAGACCCAGUCGUCGAUGAAUUCUGAAUCUUCUAUUAAUGGUUCUGGGUUUUCUGGUGUUGAAUCGACACUGGUACCACAACUGCAGCAGUCAAAGCAAUAUAUUGGUGGCCAAAACAGUCGCAUAUUGCAAAAUCUUGGAGGGCAAAUAGGAAUUGCCAUGAGAUCUAGCUUGCAGCAGAAGCCUUCGUCUUAUCCCUUCUCAAAUGGAGCUCUAAAUAGUGGGACAGGGGUGAUAGGGAGCAAUAUGCAAUUGAUAAAUGGGCCUGCAACAUCUGAGGGCUAUCUGACUUCUUCACCCUAUGGUAGUUCACCGAAGCAUUUCCAUCAGCACUUUGAUCCACAUCGUCAGCAACAAUUGUUGCAAAGUGCAUUAUCGCAGCCAACGAAUCCUUCAGGAGGUGAUGGAUAUGGAAUGAUCACUGCUGAUCUGACUGGAUCAGGAAAUUUUUAUGCUCCUACAUCAGCUGUUGGAUCUACAAUGAAUAGCCAGAAUAUCAACACACUUAACUUGCAGUCUAAAUCAAAAGUCAAUUCUCCCUUGGUAGCUAAUCAAUCUAACUUGUCGGCAAUGCAAUCAACUGCACUUGUGAAACCUCAAAAUAUUGAUCAUCCACCAAGGAUGAAUUUCCAGUCUUCCCAUCCUAUGCGAGAUCAUUUAUUACAAUCUAAUCAGCAGCUGCAGAAGUUUCAGCAACAACCACUUCAAUUCCAACCGCAACAAUUUACUCAACAUCAACAUCAACAAAAGCAGCAAAGUCAGCAACACCAGCAGGUUUUGCCAAAGAAUGAUGCUUUUAGGCAGUCUCAACUAGCAUCCAACUUGGGUGGUCAAGUGAUGACUGAAAAUGGAAUGGAAAUCCACAAUGAAGUUCUUCGCUCACAAGUUACUGAGCAUUUGCAACUUGGUGAGCUACAGAUUCAAUUUCAGCAUAAUGCUUCUGAAGACAGUUCCAGAUCUGAUCAGUUUCUCCCCAAUACAUCUGGACCAACAGAUUGCUACUCAUCCUUGUCAAAUAGUUCACAGCUAAUGCCACGAAUGUUGCAUCCAAACCAGCAAGUUGCAGAGACACAAAAUGAUUUUAGUUGUCUUUCUGCUGGACCACAUGUAGAACCACAACUGCAGGGCCAGUGGCAUUCUCAGUCACAGAAGUCCCACAUGACUGAAAACUCCUCACAUGAGCAGCAUAUCCAAGAGGAGUUCCAUCAACGUCUAAUAGGACAAGAUGAAGCUCAGCGACCUCAUCCAUCUACAGAAGGAAGUAUUACUGGUCAAACAAUUUUUCCUAAGGGCACGGCAAUACGCCCUGCUUUAGGUGGUUCCUGCAAACCAGGGAAUGCGACCAUUGAACGACAGUGGUGGAAUCAACAGAGGUGGUUGCUAUUCUUGUGGCAUGCACGUGGAUGUUCAGCUCCUGAAGGAAAAUGCCAAGAAGUUCAUUGCAUAACUGCACAAAAGUUGUGGAGGCAUAUGGUGAAGUGCAAUAUACAUCAAUGCUCAUAUCCUCGCUGCCAUCCUACCAAGGGAUUGGUUCAACAUUUCAAAAGUUGCAAGGGACCUGAUUGUCCUGUUUGUGUUCCUGUCAACAAUUAUUUACGAUCAUAUCGUAAGGCACGAUCUCGCCCUUUGUCAGAUACUAGUUUAUCUAAUCAGAUAAAUGGCUCUUGCAAAGCAUAUGGAGAUGCUGCUGGAUUGACUGCAAAGACUAGCUCAUCGGCCGGUGAAAUUUCAGAAGAUUUACAGUCAUCAAUUAAACGAAUGAAGAUGGAGCAUCACUCUCCAUCUGUUGCACCCAAGGGUGAAGGUUCCCCACGGCCAGUGUCUCCAAUGAGCCAACUACUUGUUCCACAGGAUUCACAACCCCAAGUUUGGCAACAAGUUGACAAUUCUAUUCCUGUUAAAUCUGAGAUCAUAGAAAUGAAGAUGGAUUCAUCUCUAAGUUCUGGACAAGGAUGUUCUCCUAAUUUGUGUGAGAUAAAAAAAGAUAAUUCAGAUGAUUGCUACAAUAUUAAGUCAGAUGUUGGACCUGUCAUUAUUGAUGAACCCGUUGGUCUUACUAAGACAGAAAACAUGGAUGUUGAGAAAGAAACCAAUCAAGUUAAGCAGGAAAAGAAGCAGGAAUCUUCUACAGUAACGUCUGAAAAUGUGGCUGGAACCAAGUCAGGGAAACCAAAAAUAAAGGGGGUAUCAUUGACUGAACUCUUUACUCCGGAGCAGGUCCGGGAGCAUAUUAUAGGUCUUAGACAGUGGGUUGGCCAGAGUAAAGCAAAGGCUGAGAAAAACCAGGCAAUGGAACAUUCUAUGAGUGAGAAUUCUUGCCAGUUAUGUGCAGUGGAGAAACUUACUUUUGAACCUCCACCUAUAUAUUGCACUCCCUGUGGUGCUCGCAUCAAACGGAAUGCAAUGUAUUAUACUGUGGGAACUGGUGAUACACGCCAUUACUUCUGUAUUCCAUGCUAUAAUGAGGCCCGUGGUGACACUAUUGAGGUUGAUGGGACUCCUAUUCUGAAGGCAAAGCUAGAGAAGAAGAGAAACGAUGAAGAAACUGAAGAAUGGUGGGUUCAAUGUGAUAAGUGUGAAGCUUGGCAACAUCAAAUCUGUGCCCUUUUUAAUGGUCGAAGGAAUGAUGGAGGGCAGGCUGAAUAUACCUGUCCUAAUUGCUACAUAGGAGAGAUUGAAAAGGGAGAACGUAAACCUUUACCACAAAGUGCUGUUCUUGGUGCAAAAGAUUUACCUAGAACAAUCCUUAGUGACCACAUAGAACAGCGACUCUUCAGGCGACUAAAGCAGGAGAGACAAGAGAGAGCAAGGCUUUUGGGGAAGAAUUUUGAUGAGGUUCCAGGAGCUGAAGCACUUGUUAUCAGAGUUGUAUCAUCAGUUGACAAAAAAUUGGAAGUGAAGCCACGCUUUCUAGAGAUCUUCCAAGAAGAUAAUUAUCCAACUGAAUUUCCAUACAAAUCAAAGGUAAUUCUGUUGUUUCAGAAGAUCGAAGGUGUAGAAGUAUGCCUUUUUGGAAUGUAUGUCCAGGAAUUUGGUUCAGAAUGCCAGUUGCCAAAUCAGCGCCGUGUUUAUCUUUCCUAUCUAGAUUCUGUCAAAUACUUCCGGCCUGAAGUUAAAACAGUUACUGGGGAGGCUCUUCGAACAUUUGUUUACCAUGAAAUUCUUAUAGGAUACCUUGAAUAUUGCAAGAAGCGUGGUUUCACAAGCUGCUAUAUUUGGGCUUGCCCUCCUUUGAAGGGUGAAGAUUAUAUUUUAUAUUGCCAUCCUGAAAUUCAGAAAACACCAAAAUCUGAUAAACUUAGGGAAUGGUAUUUAGCAAUGUUGAGGAAAGCUGCGAAGGAAAACAUUGUGGUUGACCUCACUAAUUUAUAUGACCAUUUCUUUGUACAAAUGGGUGAAUGUAAAGCUAAGGUAACUGCAUCUCGUCUGCCAUAUUUUGAUGGUGACUACUGGCCUGGUGCUGCGGAGGAUAUGAUCAAUCAGCUCCGUCAGGAAGAAGAUGGUAAGCAGCAGAAGAAAGGAAAAACCAAAAAGACUAUAACAAAGAGGGCUUUGAAAGCUGCUGGCCAAUCUGAUCUUUCAGCCAAUGCCUCUAAGGAUCUUUUACUAAUGCAAAAACUUGGGGAAACAAUCUGUCCAAUGAAGGAAGAUUUUAUAAUGGUUCAUCUGCAGCAUGCAUGCACUCGUUGUUGUCAUUUAAUGGUAUCUGGAAAUCGUUGGGUUUGCAGUCAAUGCAAAAAUUUUCAGCUUUGUGAUAAGUGUCAUGAUGCAGAACAAAAACUUGAAGAGAGGGAUAGACAUCCUAGUAAUAGUAGGGAGAAACACACACUUUACCCUGUGGAAGUGAAUGAUGUACCUGCAGAUACGAAAGAUAAAGAUGAAAUUCUUGAGAGUGAAUUCUUUGAUACCAGGCAGGCAUUCCUGAGUCUUUGUCAAGGAAACCAUUAUCAGUAUGAUACUCUACGCCGAGCCAAGCAUUCCUCUAUGAUGGUCCUAUAUCAUCUUCACAAUCCAACUGCUCCUGCUUUUGUUACUACAUGCAACAUCUGCCAUCAUGACAUUGAGGCUGGUCAAGGAUGGCGCUGUGAAAUCUGCCCUGAUUAUGAUGUAUGCAAUGCUUGUUACCAAAAAGAUGGAGGUAUUAGCCAUCCUCAUAAGUUGACUAAUCAUCCAUCAAUGGCUGAUCGUGAUGCACAAAACAAAGAAGCUCGGCAGAAACGUGUUUUACAGCUAAGGAAAAUGCUUGAUCUUCUUGUACAUGCUUCUCAAUGUCGAUCUGCACAUUGUCAGUAUCCUAAUUGCCGCAAGGUUAAAGGACUCUUCCGCCACGGUAUACAAUGCAAAACCCGUGCUUCUGGAGGUUGUUUGCUCUGUAAGAAAAUGUGGUAUCUACUCCAACUGCAUGCACGAGCUUGCAAAGAAUCUGAAUGCCAUGUACCACGUUGCAAGGAUCUCAAAGAGCAUUUAAGGAGAUUGCAGCAGCAGUCUGAUUCACGGCGGAGAGCUGCAGUAAUGGAGAUGAUGAGACAGCGAGCUGCUGAGGUUGCAGGGAACACGGGAUAAUCAUCUGUACAUAUGACUAGGCAUCCGGGGGGAACUUCUGAGAGCGAAAAUGAGAUGAUAUAUUGCCUUCGAGGCCUGAGAAAUCUGUUUGGACAUAAAAGCAAUUGAACAUUUUCAUAUGGGUGAAGCUUGCAGAUCUUCUGGAAAGGCUUGGGAGGAAUUAUCAGAAGUUUGAAGCGCGUUGCUUGAUAGCAGUCAUGAGGUUGGUAUAUCUUCAUAUUGAGCAUGUGCAUUGGAUUGGAGUUCACUUGGCAGAGUCGCUCUCGUCGCUAACCAUUUUCCUCCAACCUCUGAUAGUUGGAGUCAGAAUAUUGAUACAUCCUGAGGCUCCGAUGAUGCGAUUCUUUGAUUGAUCUUUCUUUAUUCCUAAUUUCCAACACCAUCUUCACAUAGGUGGCGGGUGUACCAUAGAUGUCCUAAUUUGUCAAAAAAAAAAAAAGAAGAAAUAUCUUCCACAGAGGGAAAAGCUAUCUGUUCCGCUUCUUUUACUGGGUUUAGUAUUCCACCCAUCUUUUUGUUUCUUGUGUUCUUUUUUUUUUCCUCUUUUUUGGGUGGGGGGUGGGAGCCCACGUUUGUAUGUGCCAUCUGCUGUAGAAUGUCGUUAUUUAAAGAUGAAAAAAAUAAUAAAUGUCAUUUCCCAUUACCCCAAUUUCAUUUC